CCUACGCACAUCAUAUAGUAUUAUAGCCACAGCCCUCCUUUCUCCGCCCUCUUUAGUCCUACUCCGUUCACAUUUCAGGUCGAUCUCAUGGGGGAUACGGCGAAGCUUCAACUCUACUCCUACUGGCGGAGCUCUUCUUCCCAUCGCGUACGCAUCGCAUUGAAUCUCAAAGGGUUGGCGUAUGAGUACAAGUCCGUUAACCUUUUGAAGAAUGAACAGUCGAGUCCUGAGUUUGCUAAGUUGAAUCCACAAAAAUGCGUCCCGGUGCUGGUGGAUGGAGAUACUGUGAUUGCUGACUCUUUUGUGAUUUCAUUGUAUUUGGAAGACAAGUAUCCCGAGCAUCCUCUAUUGCCCAGGGAUUUGAAGACUAGAGCUCUCAAUCUUCAGGUAGCAAGUAUUGUGGGGUCCAGCAUUCAACCUUUUCAUAACCUUAGUGUUUUGAAUUAUAUCGAGGGGAAGCUUAAUGCUAAGGAGAAAGUUGCUUGGGCUCAGUAUCAUAUCAAUAAUGGCCUUGAAGCCCUCGAGAAAUUGUUAGAGAAAGUUGCUGGAUAUUAUGCCACUGGUGAUGAAGCCCAACUGGCUGAUAUAUUUCUAGCUCCUCAGAUUCUUGCAGCGGAAAGAUUCGAGAUUGACAUGAGUCGGUAUCCGACGCUUGCCAGGCUCAUGGAAGCUUACGAUGAGCAUCCUGCUUUCCAAGCAGCUCUUCCCACAAACCAGCCGGAUGCGCCUUCGCCGUCGGACGCAUGAAAAUGUGUCGCCGUUAGCUCUUCAUCAAUAAACAGCUUUUUGGGUGGGUCAUAUCUGCAUGAUCUCUGUAUCGAGGAAUAAAAUGGGUAGGUAUCUUAAAUUUCAAACCUUGUGUGCUUGGGGUUUGUUCCGCCACCUGAAAUACGUUUCUUGGUAGAGAAAAUUUCGGCAAGUUUCAGCAUUUCUUAUUUAAGGAGUGACAGAUUUGGUUUGUAAUAUUUACACUCAUAAUUUUAAUCAUAAUUUUUAAAAUUAUGAGUGGCAGUUUAUGCUCCCCAUCAUAUGAAGAUAAAAUGCAUUAUAUUUCAUGCUCAUAAAACACAGUUCUUAUAGUAUAAAAUCAUAUGCAAAUAUUAUAAACAAUAUAAACAUUACAAAUUAAAAAACUAAAAAAUCAUACAUUAUUGCAAAAAAAAAAAAAAGAUUUAAACCAUUUUAUUGUUUUUGGUCUCCUCCGGGAAAAGUGUUAAGUGGGGUGGCGAACUCUGGGGUAAUAGUAGGAGUCGGCAGCAUUGGGUUUGUUGUCGACCUCUCCUCCGACUCUUAGGCGACAACACUCUCCUCUGGCCUCCCCAGCAGAGUCUCUGUUCUUUUUAUUUUUAAACAAAAAAUAGACACUUUUUUUGUAUAAAAAACCAUAAGGGAGCAAACUCUGAUAUAUUUUCUCCUGCUGAACCGCAAUCGGUCUUCUAAUGUCGUUCUGGUAAUGGUUAUUGAGGAUUGUCCUUUGUUUAUCGAUUAGUUUCCAACGGUGUUGAGGCAUGAUGGCUAAGGACAAGAAGAGGUCGUCAAGGGAGACUAACCCAUGAACAAAGGACAAUCCUAAGUAACCAUUACUAGAACGACAUUAGAAGAACGACUGCGGUUCAACGGGAGGAAAUAUAAUAGAGUUUGCAGCUUUAUGAUUUUUUAUAUAGAAAAAAUGUAUUUUUUGUUUAAAAAUGAGAAGAACAGAGGCCCUGCUGGGGAGGCUGUGGGGGAGACUGUUGUGAAGGCUGCUGCCGCCCAGGUGCCCGAGGAGAGUGUUGCCGCUCAGGAGCCGGAGGAGGGGUCAACAACAAGUCCAGUGCUGCUGACUCCUACUCCUCUUUCCCCUGAGUUCACAACUGUACUCGAACAAUUUUCCCCCGGAGGAGAUCAAUGACGAUAAAAUGGUUUAAAUCUUUGUUUUUUUUGUUUGUAACAAUGUAUAUGAUUUUUUUAGCUUUUUAGUUUGUAAUGUUUAUAUUAUUUGUAAUGUUUGCAUAUGAUUUUAUUUUAUAAGAAAUGUGUUUUGUGGUAUGAGUAUGGUGCAUUCUAUCUUCAUUUGAUGGGGAGCACGAGCUUCCACUAAUAAUUUUAAAAUUAUGAGUGUAAAUAUUACAAACUAAAUCUGUCAUUCUUUAUAUAAAAACUGUGUUUUAAUAUUCAUGUUAAGCUCGUUUGCUUAACAAAUGAAUCAAAGACGAGCUGUUAUGUAUGAAAAACUCAAAUUAAAUUU